AAGUCUUUUUCUUUUAAUGGAUUGGUCUUUUGCAAGAAAUAGACAAAAUAUCAGUGUGAAUUACAGAAAAUCCCUCUUCCAUGCUGUUAUGGGUGAAACUCUGGGAGAUUCUCUCAUUGACCCAGAAAGCGACUCCUUUGCUGAUACACUGUCUGCAAGCACUUCACAAGAAACUACCAUGGUUGACACAGAGAUGCCAUUCUGGCCCACCAACUUUGGAAUCAGUUCAGUGGAUCUGUCCGUAAUGGAUGACCACUCCCAUUCUUUUGACAUCAAGCCAUUCACCACCGUGGAUUUCUCCAGCAUUUCCACUCCACACUAUGAAGACAUUCCAUUCUCAAGAGCGGACCCGAUGGUUGCAGAUUAUAAGUAUGAUCUGAAGCUCCAAGAGUAUCAAAGUGCAAUCAAAGUGGAGCCUGCAUCCCCACCUUAUUAUUCUGAAAAGACUCAGCUGUACAAUAAGCCUCACGAAGAGCCUUCCAACUCCCUCAUGGCAAUUGAAUGCCGAGUCUGUGGAGAUAAAGCUUCUGGGUUCCACUAUGGAGUUCAUGCUUGUGAAGGAUGCAAGGGCUUCUUCCGGAGGACAAUCAGAUUGAAACUCAUUUACGAUAGAUGUGACCUAAACUGUCGGAUCCACAAAAAAAGUAGAAAUAAAUGUCAGUACUGUCGGUUUCAGAAGUGCCUUGCUGUGGGGAUGUCUCAUAAUGCCAUCAGGUUUGGGCGGAUGCCACAGGCUGAGAAGGAAAAGCUGUUGGCGGAGAUCUCCAGUGAUAUCGACCAGCUGAACCCAGAGUCGGCUGAUCUCCGGGCCCUGGCAAAACAUUUGUAUGACUCAUACAUAAAGUCCUUCCCGCUGACCAAAGCAAAGGCGAGAGCGAUCUUGACAGGAAAGACAACAGACAAAUCACCAUUUGUUAUCUAUGACAUGAAUUCCUUAAUGAUGGGAGAAGAUAAAAUCAAGUUCAAACACAUCACCCCCUUGCAGGAGCAGAGCAAAGAGGUGGCCAUUCGCAUCUUUCAGGGGUGUCAGUUCCGCUCAGUGGAAGCCGUGCAGGAGAUCACAGAGUACGCCAAAAGUAUCCCUGGUUUUGUAAACCUUGACUUGAAUGACCAAGUAACUCUGCUAAAAUAUGGUGUCCAUGAGAUCAUUUACACGAUGCUGGCGUCCUUGAUGAAUAAAGACGGGGUUCUCAUAUCAGAAGGCCAAGGAUUCAUGACAAGGGAGUUUCUAAAGAGCCUGAGAAAGCCCUUUGGUGACUUCAUGGAGCCAAAGUUUGAGUUUGCUGUGAAGUUCAAUGCACUGGAAUUAGAUGACAGCGACUUGGCAAUAUUUAUAGCCGUCAUUAUUCUCAGUGGAGACCGCCCAGGUUUGCUGAAUGUGAAGCCCAUUGAGGACAUACAGGACAACCUGCUACAAGCCUUGGAGCUCCAGCUCAAGCUGAACCACCCCGAGUCCUCUCAGCUCUUUGCCAAGCUGCUCCAGAAAAUGACAGACCUCAGACAAAUUGUAACAGAACAUGUGCAGCUAUUGCAAGUCAUAAAGAAAACAGAGACAGACAUGAGUCUUCACCCACUCCUACAAGAAAUAUACAAGGACUUGUAUUAGCAGAGAAGUCCAAAUUCACUGACAACGUUUUCCUUCUUCCGAUUGCACUAUUUUGAGGGGAAAUCUGACACCUAAAAAAUUUACUGUGAAAAAGCAUUUUAAAAAGAAAAGGUUUUAGAAUAAAUAGAUCUAUUUUAUGCAUAUUGUUUAUAAAAAUACAUUUACAAUUUACUUUUAAUAUUAAAAAUUACCAUAUUAUGAAAUUGC